CGACGAAGUCUAAGAGGAAAUGCCCCGCCCUUCUCGAAGCAGAGCAGCCCCCGAGUACAACUAUCAACGGGCAUACAAGGCAUGUAUUCCCUGCCGCCAGAGAAAAGUCAGAUGCGAGUCAGAUCCAGCGCGUCAUCAGCAGCCGUGCAAAAGAUGCGGGAAGUUGGAUAUUGAAUGCCGUUUUACCAUCAAGCAGCCCUGGUCAAGGAGGAAAACAGAGUCGAUCAAGAAUUCACGUACUACUGCUCGGAUAUCAUCAGAACAGGGCCAGGAAGACACAUGCAUAAGCUGGCUGCCGCUAUCUGAGACUAGUGAAGGAGAGCAUUUGUAUUCGGAAAAAGAACCUAUAGAUGGGAUUUCCACCACGGUCCUGCAGAAGAAGGUUACCAGCGGCCACGAUGCGUUGGAUAUUCUGUUCGAUGCAGCACUUCAACAAAAAGAGUUACCUACAACCCCCACAACGGACACAGCGCCCCAAGUUAAGGAAGAUGGUGUCCUAAAAAUCUGGGAGCGUUGCCGCUUUGUCAAGGGCGGGUGGCUCGCUGCGCACGAAGCAGUCUUCCUAAUGGACACAUUCUUCAAGAAUAUGGCUCCAGCAUCUCCCAUUUUGACGGAUUUCUUUGCUUCUCAUAACACUCACUAUUGGCUGAUCACCCAGGAACCAAUGCUGUGCUGCACCAUCUUGAUGAUCUCUGCGCGAUACCAUAUUGUUCCAGGGCCCUUUGGAACAUCCAGAGGAUUCAUCAUCCACCACAGGUUGUGGCAGCAUUGCCAGCAUCUCAUAUUACGGAUUACCCUAGGACAAGAGAAAGUCUCCAAAGCGAAGACAAGACAUCUUGGGACAAUCGAGGCGCUCCUCCUCCUUACAGAGUGGUAUCCUCGAGCUUUACAUUUUCCUCCGGAAACUGAUGGGUGGGAUUCGGACUUGAUGUAUACCACACCUAAUGAUCGAGAUCCACCUGCUAUCACGGAAGAGAUGCCGAUACAAGAACGUUGGGAGCAGGAUGUCAUAGAGCCGACGCGACGAUCAGAUCGGAUGUCGUGGAUGCUUGUGAGCUCUGCACUGGCCCUUGCGCACGAGCUUGGAGUGUUUGAUUCGAGAGAACAGCCUAGUUUCUCCGAUGGCCCAGAUGUGAGAACAUAUAUGAAGCACCUGGAAUUCAGACGCCAACGUCUUCCAUCGCUGUUAUUUGUUGCUUCGAGCCUAUUGGCCUCUCGAAUUGGUUGCCCACCCAUCAUGUCUGAAAAAUAUAAGCCAAGAAAACUAGAUAAUAUUUUGUUGGUCGAUCCGCAAUGGACAACCUUUAUGGCCUCAUGGGUAUACUUGACUAGUUUCGUCCAAAUCAUUGGGGAAAAGUUCCUUUUGGAAGCCAGAAAUAACGAUCAUCAAGGCAUUGAUUUUGGAUCGUUGGAACAGUUCAAGGAACAGCUUGCUACGUGGAAUGGAAAUCAUCGACAAACAGGGAACUUCCACUAUGAUGAUAUUUUACACAUAGAGUACGAAUACCUGAGGGUAUUUACCAACUCCCUUGGGGUACAGGGAAUCGUUGAACGAGUGUUAUCAGACACUAUACCACAAAAGACUAUCGACGAGACAUUCAUUUCACGAGCACGCCAAAUCAACAUCAGCAGGAAUGAGUACGACUUCAUCGAAGAAGUGAUUGAUGGCACCUGUGCUAUACUUUCGCGCAUCGUGUCACUCUCCCAGAGAAAGUCACUUCGAUACUUUCCCAUUCGAAUCUUUCUACGUAUGGUCAGCUCGUCCGUCUUCCUCCUCAAGGCUCUCUCUUUGGGAGUGCGAACAUCGAAACUGCAAGAGUCAUUACAUCUGCUCGACCAGGCUAUUGUUACCCUACAAUCUAAUCAACAAGAUGACAUCCAUCUUGUCUCGCAAUACGCAUCCCUACUGCACAUCCAUGUUUCUCGAUUGCGGCAGACAUUCACCAAAUCGGGCCGGUUGGGAAACCAGGAUGAACCUAGUCAAGAGGAUGCCCCUGAUACUGACAGAAUAGGUCAACCGUCUAACGAAGAAACUCCCUGGGAUCCAAGCAUGAUCGACUGGGCCAACCAAAUCUAUCACCCCGGGGACUGGCUGUCACUUCCAUUGGAUCCACUGAUGGCACCAUUUGGAUCGUGGGACAGUGUACCUACGGAUUUGGAUUCAGGAUAUUUGGACUUGGGCUUUAUUUGGAAUCUACCGCCUUGACGAACUGAUGAGUGCUCCGAGUGGGAAAGCUGUAAUUUCCGGUGAGAGCCUCCGAUAUAAGGCCGUCAGUAUGGAUUGAAGGGAAGCGCAUAAGUGCAUAUAACAUAGGGAUGACAUUGCCCGGAACUCCUGAGAGAUUUACAAACCCGAUAAGAAGAAAAUUGGAGGCAGUCAGCCCAUAGUCCACCCGAAUUCCCAUGUUAUUUCGUAUUCCGCGUGGGUCUUAGAUCGGAGAUACUGUACGGGGUAUAAAAACCCUGAAAUCCCCAAGAAACUGCGGAGCUAUGCAAUUGAUAUGAAAUGCUACAAGAGUGGCUUUAUUCACCAUGCAUUAUUACAUCCAAUAACAUUACAAUUUCUACCAUGG